UUUGGACUAAUCUAAUGAAAGCUUAAGGGACCAGACCGAGAGUGAAAGAUAUAAAUAAACUCAGAACGCGCCGCCGCCCCCCGUUGUUAUUAUCCCUGAUCAUCAGAAAGUUUCUGCACUGCUGAGCGCAGACGUUUUGCGACAACCUCCGUCAUAGGGCCUUCGUUUGCUUGUUUAACUUCAUUGAAAUCGAAAUCAAGAAAACAUGUCGCAUCAAUACUCCCGGCAACUGCAACAUCAAAAUUGGAAUUCCAACAACAAAGCCCAGAAAAUAUUCGUGCCCAAAACCCAAAAUCGAACCACCGAAAACCCUAAUCCCACUCUCUCGACUUCUUUGAGGCAGUCUCAAUUGAAAGAAUCCAAUGCGGCAGGGACGUCGAGCGGUGCCAGUGUCUCCGGGGAGUCGAGCAGGAUUCGCGUGGGGGAGAACGGGGACUGGGUGGCGAGCAAAGCGGUGGCUGCUAAUGGUGGGAAAUUCGUAAAUUACUUGCCCCAAGAUGAGGCAGUUGCUGCUGGUCUUGGCGCCGAUGAAGGAGGCAUGGAUCCCGUGGAGUCACAGAGAGUUGUGGAUCUCUUGAACAGAGAGUUGUCUCGGUUGCUCAAGUUGAGCCCUAGAGAGUUCUGGAAAGAAGUAGCUAUAGACACUUCCCUGCAUGGAUUCCUGGACAGUUUCCUACAAUUCAGGAGCAGAUGGUAUGAUUUCCCCAAUCAUGGAGCCAAGGGUAUUUUAGCUGGAGUCAUUGUUGGAGAGUCUGAGUUAAGCCGCCGUGUUUUCAUGGUGUUAUAUCGCAUAUCUUCUAAUAGGGAUCCGGGUGCUUGCGCUUCUGAGAGUCUUAGUAUGAAAGACCAUGUAGUAUUUUUGCAGGAAAAGAAUUUGCUGGACUUGCCUAAGUUGCUGGAUAUAUGUGCCAUCUAUGGUCAUGAAAAUGAAGAUUUGACCAGAUUGCUUGUGCGCAAUGCUUUGAAAGCUCAGCCUUGGAUUCACGAUAAUAUGACUGCCUUAAUGUCUCAUUUCUUGGGCAUUGUCCACACAAUGCAUCAACGUUGCAGCUCAUCUUUGGAGGCGCUAUUUUCCCCUGAGAAUCGUGAAAUUGGAUCCAGUUUGCUUCUUGCUGAUUUUAUAGAGGUGAUGGACUUCAUAAAUGAUGCGGUUGCUUCCAUGGAUGCUUUCGUUGCUGCCUACAAACCAGCAGCUGUGUUCUUCUCCUGCCCUGUUGGAACAAGUUAUGGGAAUGACGAAUUGCUCAGCACAUUUGCCAGAUUGCAUGAUUCUUUGCUUCCAUCUUUACGACGGGGGUUCCAGAUUAUUGCUAUGGAGGGUGAUGGUGAAAGGCUAUCAAAUAUUUCUAUGAGUUUGAAGAUGUUGUCAAUGAGAAUGGUCAACUUAGGUUGGAAAUUGUUAGACAUCUGUUAUUUAGGUGAUGAGAUGCUUGAAGAUGACCACCCCAUUCCAGCUAUUACUAAGAUGUUUCCUGCCGAUGUAGAAGAUCCUUUCGUAAGGGCAGAUAUAUUGGUUCAAACUUUUAGGGAAAUCAAUGGAGUAUCUAUUCAAGACAAGGACAACCAGAAGUUCGACACCUUUCUCCAGAAUGUUGAAAAGAAAUACAAUGUGAUGAGAAGACUUGAGAGUUUACAAAACAAUGGAUGGGUAACCUUGGAUGAUCAACAAUUCCAUUAUUUAUCUGGGAUAAUGAUCUCUGCUUCAAAAGGUGCUCUUAUAGGGUCAACCCUUGCACCAACCCCAGUGCCAACUAACAAAGUGCAUAUGGAUGAAGAUGUUGCUAUCACGGAGUCAAAGAUCAGUCAAAUAAAGGACCUGUUCCCUGAUUAUGGUAAAGGAUUCUUAGCUGCCUGUCUUGAAGCGUAUAACCAUAAUCCAGAGGAGGUCAUCCAGAGGAUCCUUGAAGGAACUCUUCAUGAAGAUCUACAAUGCUUGGAUAGUUCUCUAGAGACUAUUCCGUUGUCGAAGUCUGACCCGGCUAUAAAUAGCAAGGAUAAAGGGAAGGGGAAAUUAGUUGAAUCUACAGCACUACCAUCUAUCAAACCAGUGGCUGUAGCUGGGGGUAAAAAUGUAGAUGGGCCCUCGGUUUCAUCCUCAUCUACAGUUGGUAGGUUUGUUAGGAAGUCUAAGGAUGGCUCGCCUGAUGAUAAUAUGCUUGAUGCAAGAAAUGAAAACAAUACAGCAAAGACUGCUGCACUAAUUUCCCAGUACGAGUACGAGGAUGAGUAUGAUGACUCUUUUGAUGAUCUAGGUUUGAGCAUCGGUGAAUCGCGAUUAGAUGAAAAUGAAAUGAUGGGUGACUCUGUCACCUCAAAUAUGGGGAAAGCAUGGCCUAUAGGAGCAGAAAGCUCAGCUCAAACUGCUCCCAAUAGUAAAUGGGGCUCUAGGAGGAAGCCGCAGUUCUAUGUCAAGGAUGGGAAGAACUAUAGUUACAAAGUUGCAGGUUCAGUUGCUGUUGCAAAUGCUGAUGAUGCAUCAAUAGUUACCCAAGCUCAGGGAGAACUAAUUCAUGGCCUUGGACGAGGAGGAAACUUGCCUCUUGGUGCGGUGAAGAAACUGAUGGAACGCGAGGAACAAUAUAAUAAGCAAUCUGAUGUUUCCAAUGUAGAAGAGAAAGGGAAUACAAGAAAUAUGAGUAGCAGGGGAGGUAGAGGAAGAAGGCCUAGCGAGGCAAAUGACAACCAAGAUAGGCAUUUGAGUGGCAGGGGAGGUAGAGGGAGAAGGCCUAGCGAGGCAAAUGACAACCAAGAUAGCCAUUUGAGUGGCCGGGGAGGUAGCGGGAGAAGGCCUAGCGAGGCAAAUGACGACCAAGAUAGCCAUUCAAAUAAUUUGGAGGGCGAUGGGAGAGAAGAUUCAGCAAAUCAGAGGGGCAGAGGAGGAAGGAGAGGAGGAGGGAGAAAUAAUUACAGGAAGGAUCGUGCCAUGAAAAAGCACUUUGCUGGAUUGUCAGGCUAUUAGGUACAUAUAGGAAAAAUGCUAUACUCUUCUCGAAUUUUUCCAUGGGAGGAAAGUUUAAUGAACACUGGAGGGAUUUGAACUCGAGUUGCAGCCAAUGGUAUGGUUUGGUUCUCAUGGAAAAUGCCGAUUCCUGACAAGGUUUUGGUUCAUUUCAAUAAGUAAGAUAUUGGUUUUCUUCUUUCUUUGGAGGCGUCCUGUUUUAGAAUUGUCUACCUUAAUGUUCAGCUGCAGAGAUCACCUGAAAUUUUGAUAUCAAAGACAUAUAAAGGUAUUAGUUAUUUUGGCCGUGCAACAUUGAUGUACUUCUGUGUGUCCAUACUUAAUUAUGUACAUGACAUUGCUAUGAGAUUAUACCUAAAUUACAAUGAAACUCAGACGGGCAGAA